GUAAAAGAAAACGAAGCAAAAAGAAAAUGAUCUAAAGACACCAACCAAAAGAGACAGACUGGCAUAGUAGACUAAGAAAAAAAAGAAAAAAAAACCCCUAUAUUCUGUCUAAAUGAAACUUAAGAUAUUAUCACAUACGCAAGUUAAAAGGAUAAAAAGAAACAUGCAAACAUUAAUCAAAGGAAAGGUGGAGUGGCUUUAUUAAAUCAAGUAAGGUAGAUUUGAGAGCAAGGAAAGUUACCAGACACAGAAUGAUAAAAUGGUCAAUUCCAGGAAGACAGUGAUCCUUCAUAUAUAUGCAUCACAUAACAGUUUCACCAUUUGUGAAGAGAAAACUCAAAGAAGAAAUAGACAAAUCAACUGGGAGACUUCAACACCCAUCUCACAAUGAUGGAAAUACUAGAUCCCAAAUCAGCAUUAAUGGCCUUCAGGGAUGUGGCUGUGGCCUUCACUCAGAAGGAGUGGAAGUUACUGAGUCCUGCUCAGAGGACCCUGUAUCGGGAUGUAAUGCUGGAGAACUACAGCCACUUGGUGUCACUGGGAAUUGCCUUUUCCAAACCCAAACUCAUCACACAGCUGGAGCAAGGGGAUGAGCCCUGGAGAGAGGAGAGUGAAUGUCUUCUGGACCUUUGUCCAGCAGAGCCAGGGACAGAAUUCCGGCCAUGUGGCCAUUCCUGCCCAGUGACCUUUUCCAGUACCCAGUUCUUCGGACAGUAUGUGCUGUGUGGUCACCUUCCUCAGAUCUUCCCAAGCUCAUACGCAGGAAGCCCCAUCCCAAUGGAAGCUCCAAACUGCUCAAGUGAACAAACAGACGGAGACACAGAGGGGAGACUCCAGCUGAGUGGGGUUUCCAGGGUGCUCUUCAGACCCUCUCAGGGCCGGCCAGUAGACUGGGUGGAAGGCAACAGAGCUGGGCAUCCUGAGGAGGCAGGCCUCACGGCAUCUGAGGCAGCCAUGUAUGGAAAAUACAGACUGGGACUUGGUACCAAAUCUAGCUUCUUGAGCCUCCAGAAGCAUCAUGUAUGCCCUGAAUGUGGCAGAAGCUUCUGUCAGAAGUCAGACCUCACCAAGCACCAGAGGACACACUCAGGGGAGAAGCCUUACAGCUGUAGGGAGUGUGGGCGAGGCUUUGGCCGCAAGUCCUCCCUCACCAUCCACCAGAGGAAACACUCGGGGGAGAAGCCUUAUGUGUGCCGGGAGUGUGGGCGCCACUUUAGGUACACGUCCUCACUUACCAACCACAAGAGGAUACACUCUGGGGAGAGGCCCUUUGAAUGUCAGGAAUGUGGGCGAGGUUUUCGCCAAAAGAUUGCCCUCAUCCUGCAUCAGAGGACACACUUGGAGGAGAAGCCCUUUGUGUGUCCUGAAUGUGGGAGAGGCUUCUGCCAGAAGGCAUCGCUCCUCCAACAUCGCAGCUCACAUUCGGGUGAAAGGCCCUUCUUGUGCCUCGAGUGUGGGCGUGGCUUCAGGCAGCAGGCACUACUCCUCAGUCAUCAAGUCACGCACUCAGGGGAAAAGCCUUAUGUCUGUGCUGAGUGUGGGCAUGGCUUUCGCCAGAAGGUCACCCUUGUCAGACACCAGAGGACGCACACAGGAGAGAAGCCUUACCUGUGCCCAGAGUGUGGGCGUGGCUUUAGCCAGAAGGUCUCCCUCAUGGGACACCAGAGGACACACACAGGGGAGAAGCCUUACCUGUGCCCGGAGUGUGGGCGUGGCUUUGGUCAAAAGGUCACCCUCAUCAGACACCAGAGGACGCACACAGGGGAGAAGCCUUAUCUGUGCCCGGAGUGUGGACGCACCUUUGGCUUCAAGUCACUCCUCACCAGACACCAGAGGACACACUUAGAGGAGGCUGCUGAUGUGUAUGGAGUAUGUGAGCAAGGACUUGGCCAGAAGUCUCACUUCACCUCUGACCAGAGGUCACACUUGGUGGGGAAGCCAUGUGUGUGCAGUGAAUGUGGGCGAGGCUUCGGCUUCAGGUCAGCCCUUAUCAGACACCAGCGCACCCACUCAGGAGAGAAGCCGUAUGUGUGCAGGGAAUGCGGCCGAGCCUUUAGCCAGAAGUCUCACCUUCACAGACACAGGAGGACCAAGUCUGGCCAUCGCCUCCCACCUCAAGAGCUGCUCUCCUGACCUUUCCUUUCCUCUUGAGGCAGAAAGCACUAGGAGAUGUUCUACUUUCCUCAAACGCAGUGGAGGAAAAAAUGUGUUCUUUCAGUGAUUGGAAGAUAGUUGAUUUAUGGUUUAUUUUAUGUGCUAGCAAUGUGUUUUAAUUUGCUAGGGCUGCCAUAACAAAACACCACAAACUUGAUGGCCAAAGAACAAUUUUCUCACAGUUCUUGGGACCAGAAAUCCAAGAUCAGUGUGUGCACUUUGGUUUCUACUGAAGCCUUUCUCCUCCACUGGCAGAUGCCUACAUCCUUACUGUGUCCUCACAUGGCCUUUGUGCACAUCUUCUAAGGACAACAGCCUUACUGGGUUAGGGCCCCACUCUUAUCACUGAACAAGGUCACACUGUGGGUUCUGGCUUCAACAUAGGAAUUUGGAAUAAUUCAGUCCAUAACA